UCUCAAAAAAAGGAAUUCCCCUUGUGUUGAAGAUAAUCUGCACACCUCUCACGACCUGACUCCAGCCCCUAAAUCAGUACCCUACCCGAAUCUGGGUUUACUUACCGCCGGACGCCACAACUUUGUGUUGGCGGUCCAGAAUUGGUUCUUCCUUGGACUGAAACGAGAUCGAGCCCCGCCGCACCUGCACCUGCAUCUGCACCGUCUACGACAUUGACUGCGGCGUCGCCGAUCGAGACGCGACUGUUCGUCAUUGUCGUCCCAGACAGCACAGCCAGAUGGAGAAGGAAAUCCUGGCUCCAAGUUUACAUACAGUCCAAACAUUCAUGGAUGGUCAUGCCGAGCUCCGGGAUAUCCCCUCGGAAUAUCGUUGGCAAGAAGACAAGGGGGAGAUGAAGGCGGAUGAAUACCAUGGAUUAAGUUACAAUAAAGCGUUGGCCAAAUUCUUAUCAGACAAGGAACAAAAUUACAUGGCAUCUACUUCGGCUACGAUUCUUGGGGAGACAAUGGAUUUGGUGAAGCCACUGUGCACCAAGGAUGACGUUUUUCGCGUUCGUGUGGAGAUGCACCGUGCAAAGGAGUCUUACACUAAAGAAGAGACCCUCUUCAAGAGCGAGGCCAGGCAGGACGAGCUUCUUAUUGACCCCAAUCUCACCGCACCAUGCUGCUACGAUGCCAUGAGCAAUGGCCUCUCUGCGACUUCCUAUGCGCACUUCUUCCACAAGCGGGGGGCAACCCUUUUUCGAUAAAAAACAAGAAGCGUGAAGAUGUUAUCAGGCAUAUCCAGGAGGGACAAGUUCAGCUUUUCUAUGAUCUUAUCGAGUUCGCCCGCCUAGAUGUGGAUGACUAUAAAGAUAUGGUACAAGAAACGCUUGACCAUCUCGUUGAGGUAUCUCAUGACAAGUUGCCUUCAAAGGAAAGCGUUGAGAAUGGUGCUUAUAAAAAGAUGAUUUGUAAGGAGCUCAAUAAGCUGUUCCCAAGACGUACUCGGCUUUAUAUGCAUUUUCUCAAGAUGAAGAUAGAGACCGCCGAAAAACAUGGCGUGAUAAGCAAGGGAACUUGUGAAGCUCUGGAUAAAAGGAGAUUCUGUAUUGCACCAUAAACUUCCACAUUUCCACAUUUGAGAGGAAAAACUCAUCAUGAUGGUGCUUACACGAUGAAGGAUGACACGCAAGGAAGAUAAAGAGGUUGACACGAUGAAUCCAUGCUUUGCUGUGUGAGGAACAAGGGUUGGAACAUUUGAAUAUAUGGGUUUAAGCUAGUGGGUUUGAACAUAUGUAUGUAUGUAUUUAGUUUGAUUUUCACAGGCCAUUUUAAGUACUGUAAUUACUGGCCUACCAUUGUUACAAAUUGUGCUGGCCAUUA